AUGGAAGAGAUCAGAUAUGACGGUGCCUGCAGCGUAUGUGGGAGAAAGUUGAGCAAGAAAGAAACUGUCAUCGCAUCGGUGCUGGAUGUGUGCGGCUGGCUCCAAGUGAAACAUGACAUCAUGAGAUGCCGGAAUUUUGAAUGUUCUUUGAACUGUGCCGCCGUGGCAUACAACUUCGUAUGCAGUGGCUCUGAGUACGUCUUUUCAUGGGGGCAGGAGGAGUGCAUGCAAUAUUUUUUUUUGACUUACGCCUUCGGGGUUUCUAUACGCUGGCUGCGACAAUUCAGUCGUCGUUUGAUCUUCCAGUGGUCUUCCUUUGCGGGGGAAGCCAAAGUUCACUUUCUCGAAGCUGUUGGCUUGGGCAAGAGUGACAUUGUGCCAGACAAGGCCAAGUUGAAGUUGCUUCGGGCGUGGAUGCUGUGGCGUUUGGUUACUUGGCAGGUCAUUCGAUGGAGGCAACAUGCGGCCAGAAAGGAGGGUGAAGUGCAAGUGCGUGUGAACCUACGGAAGCCACUGCCGACGCUGCUUGCAGAGGCGUGGGAGUGGUAUCCUGCGCACAUGUUGAAGAGAAGAGUGGACCUAGCUCGGUCGAAACAGCUGGACUUGAGCGCCGUCGUUAUGGACGGCAACGCUAAGCUGUCAGGCAGGAUAUGCGGCCGUCCUGCGGCGGAAAUCAUCGACAACCGUUCGCUGGACAUGUUCACCGUGACCUGUUGCAGCGCGGAGCCUCAGUUCAAGAAACGGCGUUGCAUGAAACACGACACCAGCCAUGCUCCAGCAGAUCCGUUGCCCGAACAGUCUGAAGUCAUUACUGCCCAUCGUCGUGUUCGAAGAGCAGGACAAGGGGAACUGUAUGAUGUGUUUUUGAAAGUGAAGGAUGCUCCAAAUUUGGCAGGCCGAUGGGUCAAUGCGUCCCUUGUGACAGCCACGCAACUACACGAGUACUGGCGAAAAUUGGAAGCCUCUGGCUUCGUUCCGGAAAAGUCGGCAGCUGAAGAUCUGGCUGCAAGCAGCUGCAAAACCCACAAAGAGGCUGUUGGUGAGAUCAAUGUGCUGAUCCACGAUGACAGUUGUCAUCUCCGGCGUUUCUCGGAGAGGAAUGGUGACCGGACAGAAUUGACAAAUCGUCUAAGACACCCGCGGAUUCGGUAUAUACUUGACCGGAUGCACGCCACGGGUCAUAGCGACCCGUGGUGUAUCCGAGAGUGCCAUCCGGACGCACCGCAGAACGCUCAGCUUGUGCAAGAUCUGAAUACGUCUGCAGCAGAGGUCCUCAACAGUCUCAUGUCCAGGCAUCGACACGCCGUGCGCUGCAUCCGUUCGCGCUACGUGCGGGAUUUCUUCUUGCAGGAGGUAGCAGAUUCCCGCAACACUGUUGCUGGACCAGAGCCGGCAGGACGGGCACGUGUGGGGGAGCGGCCUGCAGAGGCGGCGCGGAUGCUGUCCCCGCGCCAAAACGGCGGAUUCGCGUGGCGGCUUCCAGGAGUGCUGGAGAAGGCCUGGGACUACAUAGACAGUCACUUCGACGAGAGGGGGUUGUUUGGCGAAGCAGGCGGAGACAUGGUCGCGCGACUGAGCGCUCAAGUUUGCGCGCACCCGUUUCCAUAUGGGAUGGCUCUCCAGACUGCUCUCCUUGGAUGCGUCAACGGAGCUCUUGUUCGUUGUUUUCCAGGAGACCCUUCGCCUUUGUCACUCGUGUGCCUCGUGGUAAACCCACCUCAGACAAGGAAAAGUGGGAUAACAAAUUGCAUCAACAAAGUGGGCAAGGCGGUUGACAGAGUGAUUGCUCGCUGGGCUGAAGGCAAGGAGCCUCGGCCUAAGAGUGCCGUCUUGACUACUUUCACGGAAGCGGGCUUCUUCCAGAGAUGCUGUGCAGAAGGCGAUCGUUUGUACUACAGUGUUUUGUUGUCCUUGGACGAAAGCUACCGAUUCCUGAAGAUGUUGGGACUGGGUACAGGCAAAGGACAUGGCAAGGAGCACGCAGCUGCACCCUCGGAUGGUGCCUCGCAGUGGAACGCAUUGCUGCAGACAGGUCACAGCAGCAUGACCUGCAAGACGGGCGUGAGCUACGAGUCCCGCAGCGCCACGUGCAACGUGGUUGGCGUCGGCAACAUUCAUUCUGGCCCUUUUCUUGGCUUGGUGAAGCUAGGAUGA